AUUUUUAGACGUUGUAGAUUUUUUCCUCUGGUUAUGUUCCAGCUUUAUUACUGCUGCGCUCGGUCUCCGGUUAUAAACAGCCAUUAAUUAUUCUUCUACAUUUAACUCUGCAUUUUCUGGUACACGAACACGUGUGUGGCAUUGUGGUCUUCAAAAGCUAUUAAGUAUAUAUAUAGACAUACAUGUAAAGAAACAGAAAUUGGAUUAAUCUAAAAUAAGCUAAGCUAAGCUAAGCUAAGCUAAGCGGCAGCUAGCUGUCAGUAAGCUAGCUCGGUUAGCGUCUAAGGGCUGAAGGUAGGAGGUAAUGCCUGUUAUUAUGUAUUAAGAACACUGUAGAUGUGACAGAUUGUAGCUGUUUGUAGAAUUAGACUGUUAGACCUCAUGGAUAGCCACCAGCACCAAUACCACCACCAGCACCGCUAUGAGUCCUCCAGCCAGGGACGAGAGAACAAACCGCAACGGAAAAAGGCUUUCGGUGGAGCCGGACCCGCACCAUGCGGCACCUGGGGAAACGAAGAAAUGGAGAAAAAGCCCAAGUUUCCCUUAAACAUCAGAACUCUUACUGAUGAUGUGCUGGAUCGAUUUGCAAGUAUUCGUAUCCCGGGCAGUAAGAAGGAGAGGACACACCUUUCCCACAUGAACAAGCAGUCCUCCUGCGAGUGGUCCACCUCCUCCGAGUUUGAGGACCUGUCCUCCAAGAUCACUUCAGAGAAGGAGAUUCUUGCUCUCUUUGAGAAAAUGAUGGAGGAUAUGAACUUGAAUGAAGAUAAGAGAGCUCCACUCAGAGAGAAGGACCUGAGCACAAAGAGAGAGAUGGUCCUUCAGUAUAUUGUCACAGCAGCUAAAACUGGCAGUCUGAAGAGCAGCAGCCGUCAGAUAUCUCCUCAGGAGUUUCUCAGUGAACUGAAAAGUGGAGCGACUGAUGAGAGGCUGUUUGCCUGCUUAGAUUCCCUCAGAGUCUCUCUCACCAGCAAUCCAGUCAGCUGGGUGCAGAGUUUCGGUCACGAAGGCCUCGGACUUCUGCUGGACAUACUGGAGAGGCUGCUGCACAAAAAACACCAAGAGAAGAUUGAUAAAAAGAGUCAGCACAAAGUCAUCCAGUGCCUAAAGGCUUUCAUGAACAACAAGUAUGGACUGGAUCGGAUCCUCGGGGAAGAGAAGAGCUUGGCACUGCUGGCCCAAGCUAUGGAUCCUCAUCAACCUGCCAUGAUGACGGACGUCGUCAAGCUGCUCUCCGCCAUCUGCAUAGUGGGAGAAGAAAACACCUUGGAGAAGGUGCUCGAAGCCAUCACCAGUGCAGGGGAGAGGAGAGAGACCAGCCGCUUCAGCCCUAUAGUCCAGGGUCUCACUGACCGCUCUGUCCAGCUCCAGGUGGCUUGCAUGCAGCUCAUCAACGCUCUCGUUACGUCUCCUGAUGAGUUGGACUUCAGGCUGCACAUCCGAAAUGAGUUCAUGCGCUGCGGCCUGCGAGAGAUAUUGCCGACUCUGGGUGCUAUCAGAAAUGAGGCCCUGGACAUCCAGCUGAAGGUGUUUGAGGAGCACAAAGAGGAGGACAUGAUGGAGUUUUCCCAUCGCCUGGAGGACAUUAAGAGUGAAUUUGAUGAUGUAGGAGACGUGUUUAACGCCGUGUUCAGCCUGGUGAAGGACACGGCCAGCGAGAUACACUUCCUCUCCUUGCUGCAGCACCUGUUGCUCAUCAGGAAUGACUAUUUCAUACGGCCUCAAUACUUUAAGAUCAUAGAGGAAUGUGUGUCUCAGAUUGUACUACAUCGCAGUGGGACAGACCCGGAUUUCUCCUACCGCAAGCGCCUGGAUGUGGACUUCUCUCAUCUUCUAGAGGUGUGUGUGGACAAGGCUCGGGCGGAUGAAUACGAGCAGAGGGCUUUGGAGUUAGAGCAGAAGUUUGAUGAAGAGAUCAUGGGGAGACAGGAGGCCUUGGCCCAGCUCCUGAAGCAGGAGGAGAAAAUCAAUCAGCUGGAGGCAGAGUUGCAGGCCUUCAGAUCUCAGUUUGGGACAGUUCCAGUGGGCAUAUCUACAGUACAGUCUGUUCCAGGCUCCUCAUCCUUUCCACAAGGACCCCCUCCUCCUGGAGCUCCACCUCCUCCUCCACCACCUCCACCACCUUUGCCAGGCUGUGCUGCCAUGCCCGGAGUGCCUCCUCCUUUUGGUGCCCCCCCUCCCCCUCCUCCUCCAGGACUGGGGGGUCUUAUGUCACUCCCCAACCAGAAUGUGCUGCCGUUCGGCCUUCAGCCCAAGAAGGAGUUCAAGCCUGACACCAUCAUGAAGCGCCUCAACUGGUCCAAGAUCCUUCCACAGAAAAUGACUGAGAGCUGCUUUUGGGUUGUAGCCAGUGAGGACUUCUAUGAGGAUGAGGAUCUGCUCGACCGUCUCGCUCUCACCUUCGGCUCUCAGAGACUCGCCCAGCGAGGUGCGGAGGAGCUUGAGGAGAAGAAAUUCAUUAAAAAGAGAAUCAAAGAGCUGAAAGUGCUGGAUUCUAAGAUCGCCCAGAACCUGUCAAUUUUCCUGGGUUCCUUCCGUUUGCCUUAUGAGGAUAUCAGGAGGAUGAUUCUGGAGGUAGAUGAGGAGCAGCUAACAGAACCUAUGAUCCAGAAUCUGGUGAAGACUCUUCCUGAGCAGCAGCAUCUGAAUGCUCUGGCCAAGUAUAAACACGAGUAUGCCAAUCUGUCUGAACCAGAACAGUUUGGGGUUGUGAUUGCUUCUGUAAAGUGCCUGCGGCCGAGGCUGAACUCCAUCCUGUUUAAGCUGCAGUUUGAGGAACAGGUGAGUCACCUGAGGCCAGACAUGUUGGCGGUGAGCGCAGCGUGUGAGGAUGUGAGGAAGAGCAAAGCCUUCAGCAAGCUGCUGGAACUUGUGCUGCUCCUGGGCAACUACAUGAACGCCGGCUCUCGCAAUGCCCAGUGCUACGGCUAUGACCUCAGCUCCCUCUGCAAGCUAAAAGACACCAAGUCGGCUGAUCAGAUGUCCACGCUGCUUCACUUCCUAGCUGAGGUGUGUGAGGAGAAAUUUCCGGAGGUUCUCAAAUUUGUUGAUGAAUUGCAACACGUGGACAGAGCCAGUCGAGUCUCGGCGGAGAACCUGGAGAAGAGUUUGAAGCAGAUGGAGAAGCAGCUGCUGCAGCUGGAGAAAGAUCUGGACACCUUCAGCUCCCCUGACAACCAAGAUGACAUGUUCUACAGCAAGAUGGCCAGCUUCUCCACUCAGGCGAAGGAACAGUACCAGAAACUGGUCAUCAUGCACAGCAACAUGAACACGCUGUUCCACAACAUGUUGGAGUACUUCGCCAUCGACCCCAAGAAGACCUCCGUGGACGAGCUCUUCACAGACCUGAGCAACUUCAGAGCCAUGUUUGUGCAAGCGAUGAAGGAGAACGGGAGGAGGCGGGAGGCGGAGGAGAAGCAGAGGAGGGCAAGGGCUGCGAAAGAGAAGGCCGAGCGCGAGAAACAGGAACGACAGCACAGGAAGAAGAGGUUGCUGGAGGUCAACGCAGAAAAAGAUGAGACUGGAGUGAUGGACAGUCUGCUGGAAGCACUGCAAUCCGGAGCUGCUUUCCGAGACCGAAGGAAGAGAGCACCUAGACCCCGGGAUGAAGCAACUCAAAUGGUCAGCCAAAGGCCAGUUCUGAAAGACUGCAACCAUGAAAACACAAAGGUACCUCUGCAAAGGUCACGGUCUCGGCAGAAUAUCAAUUUCAGCUCGGCACGAGCCCUCACUUCCAAGGAGGCUUAUUAUGAGAGCGAGGCCCAUUCAUCUGCAGCUCGGCGAUCAGCCCACCGGCCAGAGAGGGAGCAGGAGAAAGAGCGAGCGAGAGAGCGAGAGUGUGAAAAGGAGCAAACUCCCCCCAGCUGCUCAGCUAACGGAGAGACUGACGUGGAGGCUCUUCUAGCCCGGCUCCGCGCCCUGUGAUGACCUCACCUCCAUUUCCCAGUGCUCUUUAACCUCUCCGUUCCACGUACAUUCAAAGUAACCCACCAUCUUUUUCACUCUAUGGGCGAGAGUCAAGCGCGAGAACACAAACAGAAAGAAAAGUCUUAACAAUUAACCUUUCCUUUUAUGUCACUGCCCUUUUUUCUAUAACAGCCAUGUUGUUUUGAAGAAGUGCUGCCAUUGUCCAGUUGAAUUCAUCAUGUUAUUUGUGUUUAAGAGCUGAGAUUGAUGGUUGAGAUCUUUACACUUCUAAAAGUAGAUGUGCAUUUGUAGAGAGGUUCGUCUGCGUACGUAAAAGCAGCAGCGGUUCAGUGCCGCUAGAAUAGUUCGCGAGAUCUAAGCAGAAAACAGCAAUUAAAUGCUACAGCACCUUUUCUUAAAUACGUGCACUUGUGCACUUUGGAUAUAUCCUCGACUCUAUGCAAACUCAUUAAAUGUCUUUUCAAAAACAGUUAUAAUUUUUUUUUUUUACAUGUAUUUUUUUUGGAGGGGAAUUGUUUUGUAGAAUUUCUCAGCCCUGUAUGUAGUGAUGAAGGGCUCAGAGAUCAGCUCCACAGUAAUUGGAUAUAUUGAUAGCACAUCAUACUAUAAUUAUUCAUGAGAUAUAUCACUGUAAAUUAAAAAUAGAGCUAGCUUUAGCAUUCAAUGCAUAAAAUUAAACCAGGAGACUGCUGCUUUUUUUUUUCUGCUAACCUAUGCCAUUUUCCUAAUAGUCUGUUAAAUUCCAUAUAAUCAUCAUUUGACACUUUCUCAGGACCAAGAGCUCCAAAAGCAAUUUUAGAAAAACCAUGAGCCAAGUCAUGUUGAGUGAUGAGUUUUUUAAUUAAAUCUUUUUUAUAUUUUCUCCUAAUUCAGUAUUUGCCCACUAGUACCUCGCGUCCCACACACUACCCUGUAGUGUUACAGGCUAGCUGGAUACUGAAUGAUAUUCCCUGUUCUCCAUACAUGAGUGCAUACACACCUCUGAUUGGCUAAUGAAACUCUGAUCAGUGGAGGAGAGAGAAUUUCCAUCGCUCCUGACAAAAUAAAAAGCAGCCAAUUACGCUCUUCUUGCCUCCAGGCCACAGAUCUUUACAUCGCCAUCUCAAAUGUUGAUUACUUUUCAUACAGCAUGGCUUUCGUCACCAUGACAGCAUAAUUAUGGUAUGGAUUCCAUAUGACAGCAACUUGCUACUACAUUUGUAUUGCCAGGACCUAACACCAGCGUUUUUUUAAACAAACAUAUAAUAUGCAUGUUUAUUAUUGUGUGUGUGCUGAAAAGGCUGUAAACCAUAUUAGCUCCAAUAAAAGAUUAGCGCUUAUUACUCUGUAACAAGCCGCAUUUACUCGAUCUCUGUUAAUCUUUGGUACGUUUUGUUUCGCAGUCUCUUCUUCUGUUCUGCCACUGAAUGAAUCUUGAAAUUAAUUGACCUGUACGUCUCUUUCUUGUCAACACGGUAUUAUCUUGUCUUUUCCUGAUUUAAUAAUAAUCUCAUGCGGCAUUGUCUUCAAAUUGAACACGACACCCGUGAUAAAAUUGCGAUUCGGAUAUUCCUCCUCCUCCUCGUCGUACCAUAAGCCUCGCGCUUUCUUUUCUAACUUUUCCGUGUCGCACAAUUGAUUGUAAAAGGUUUGCGGUCUCAUUUACAUUAAAGAAACAGAACAUUGUUUUGUCUGU